AUGUAUGAUGGAGUUAUGACUCGGGUUAGGACUGUAGGAGGUGACUCAGAGCCUUUCCCGGUUGUUAUGGGGUUACACCAAGGAUCGACGCUCAGCCCAUUCUUAUUUGCUCUAGCGAUGGACGCAUUGACACACCAUAUCCAAGGAGAGGUGCCAUGGUAUAUGUUGUUCGCUGAUGAUAUAGUUCUGGUUGAUGAGACGCGAGACAGCGUUAAUGGGAGACUGGAGGUAUGGAGGCAAGCCUUGGAGUCUAAAGGUUUCAAGUUAAGCAGGACUAAGACGGAAUAUGUGGAAUGUAAGUUCAGCGACGUGACGGGGAAAGCGGAUGUGGAAGUCAGGCUUGACUCACAGGUCAUUCUCAAGAGAGAGAGUUUUAAGAACUUAGGGUCAAUUAUCCAGGGAGAUGGGGAGAUCAACGGGGAUGUUACGCACCGUAUUGGGGUGGGGUGGAUGAAAUGGAGGCUAGUGUAUGAAGUCUUAUGUGACAAGAAUGUGCCACCGAAACUCAAAGACAAGGAGAAACAAUCAUCUUUACAAAAAAGCAUGAUAAAUAACAGUGUCAAACAACUGAAUCAGCAUGACAAUUACUUCUAG